CAUAAUCAUUUUUUGAAGAAAAAAGGAGAAACAAAAAUUCUGAAAACAAUGAGCAAAGAAGAUACUAGCAAGCUUAAGUGGAUUUCGCCGUUGGAUGAUUUUGGAUCUAAUGCAACUACCGCUAGUGUAAUUUCUUCUCUGCCAUCCGAUCUUUGUCGACGUUUCUCAUUUUCGCAAGUUAGGGUUGCUACGAACGAUUUCGACGACGAUUCGAUCAUAGGAACCAGUGGGUUCGGUAAAGUUUACAAGGGUUCAAUAGAUGAUGGAGCCACUAUUGUGGCCAUAAAACGUCUUACAACAACAUCGAAGCAAGGCGCUCGCGAGGUUGAAACAGAAAUCGAGAUGCUAUCGAGACUACGUCACGUACAUUUGGUGUCCUUAAUCGGAUAUUGUGACGAACACGGUGAAAUGAUCAUAGUUUACGAGUAUAUGCCACGUGGCACUCUUCGAGAUCACUUGUUGUACAAGAAUCCCGAGAGAAGCGAGAACCAUACACCAUUGUCGUGGAUGCAACGACUUAUGAUUUGUCUUGGAUCAGCUCGCGGUUUGCACUAUCUUCACGCGGGUGCUAAACAAUUGAUUAUUCAUCGAGAUGUCAAGUCUACGAAUAUUCGUCUUGAUGAUAAGUGGACGGCUAAAGUCUCAGACUUUGGCCUUUCAAAGGUACGACCCACUCCUGGUGAUAUGGGUCCUACCCAUGUUAGUACCGCUGUUAAAGGAAGUGUUGGAUAUUUAGAUCCAGAGUACUAUCGACGUCAACAAUUGACAGAGAAAUCAGAUGUAUACUCCUUCGGAGUUUUGUUGUUCGAGGUUUUAUGUGCUCGAUUUGCGAUGAACCCUAAUCUACCCAAGCAACAAGUGAACUUAGCCGUGUGCGCUCGUUAUAACUACAAAAAUAAAACCCUCCACACAAUUGUCGAUCCAAAUCUAACAGGGCAAAUUGCACCCGAAUGUCUAAGAAAAUUUGGAGAAGUGGCAGAAAUGUGUAUACGAGAACAUGGAAGUGAUCGUCCUUCGAUGGGGGACGUAGUUUGGGGCAUUGAAUUUGCCUUACAACUACAAGAAACCGCGGAGAAUAUUAUGCAAAACAAUUUAAGUGAUGAUCCUCAAGGAGAAAUUUCAGAUUCUACGAUAAGUUUUAAACUUGAUGGGGCAAAUGCAUUAGGUUCAAUGUAUAUUGAUGAUGAACCGACCACAUUAAAUGAUGAUUUUUCUGAUACUAAGAUGGUUGAAAUGGGCAAAAAAAAGUUAUUGGAUAGUAGAACUGCUACAUUUAAUUGAUCUGAAUCACCCAUAAUUGAUAUGAAGUCUGGUUUGAUUUUUCCUGAGAUUAUCGACCCAAAAGCCAGAUGACUCGUACAAAUUGUUGUAUGAGAUGAUUUCUCUAUAAAAUGUGUUUCAUACGACAUGAGAAUAUAAGAUUUUUAUUUCUCUCUAAAAGAAAUAAGAAAAUAAA